AUGACAAUCACCUACACCGAGGGGAGCUCUUCUCAAGAGGUUGAGCUGAUGAAGCUAUGGGCCAAGCUGGCCGCAGUUAAGAAGGGGCGAAGCGAUGAGGAGAAGGCUCGAAAGUUGGUCGAGGAGGACCUGGGGAAGCUAUCUGAGGAGCGCAGCGUAUGGUUGCUCGAAAAGAAGGCUCUGGAGAAUAGGGUGGUGAUUUUAACUGUCGAGGUUACGCUCGUUGAAGAUAUUCCAGAGGAUAAAAAGGAUUUGAAGACCCAGGCUGAGCUGGUCGCUCGUUUCCAACUGCCGAUGGAUGACGCUCAGGCUGCCUCUAAGGGGAGAUUUGAGAAUGCGCUGAAGCAGCUUCGUGUCUUGAAUCAUGGGGUCGAGCUUAAUGCCUCCGGGAUGGGGGUUAAUUAUUAUGUGGCUUCCAGAAAGAUCCUGGUCCCCGACUACCUUGAGGAACUCGCUCCCAGCCCACGGGGGAACCCUCUCAACUAUCGCCUGUUUUUGAGGAAGGGAAUGAAGAGUGAUGUUUGA